AUGAAGCUCGACACAACGCACAUGCGCUACCUGAACCAGGACGACUGGCGAGUACUCCAGGCUGUGGAGAACGGGUCGCGGAACCAUGAGGUGGUGCCCACGAAGCUGAUCGGACAGAUCGCCAACCUCAAGACCGGCAUGGGCUCUGCAAACAGAGCUAUAAGCGAUCUUGCGAAAUUGAGUCUCAUAUCCAAGCUCCGGAACGCAAAGUACGACGGGUACAGGCUCACAUAUAACGGGUUCGACUAUCUGGCGCUUAAGUCGAUUUCCCAGCGGAAAAACAUCGCCGAGCUGGGCACCACCAUUGGUGUUGGAAAAGAGUCGGACAUCUAUGCUGCCAAGGACGAGGACGGGAUCAGCAAGGUCCUGAAGAUCCACCGACUGGGACGUGUUUCGUUUCGCACGGUUAAAACCAAAAGAGACUACUUGCGCAACAAACAGGCACAGAGUUGGAUGUACUUGUCGAAACUUGCUGCCGAAAAAGAGUACGAGUUCAUGACGAUUCUGUACGAGAACGGGUUCGAGGUGCCGAAACCGCUGGACCAUUCACGCCACUGUGUGCUGAUGACACUAGUGGUUGGGUUCCCGAUGCGCCAGCUCCGCGAACAUUUCCAGUACAAGAAGCUGUACUCGCAGCUACUGGAGUUUGCCGUUAAGCUAGCCAACCACGGCCUGAUUCACUGUGAUUACAACGAGUACAAUAUCAUGAUCAAGGAAACAGGCACGUACGACCCGGCCAGUGAGCUUGGGUUUGUGGUGAUCGACUUCCCGCAGUGUAUUUCCAUCAAUCACGUGGACGCAGACUUCUACUUCAAAAGAGACGUGGAGUGUAUCAGACGGUUCUUCCGCAAACGGUUUGGGUACACGCCGAAGGACGACUCCACGAUGCUCGACACGGACGGCUACGGCGACGGGUACAGACACGCAUACCCGGUUUUUGCCAGAGACGUGCACAGAACAGGCGACUUGGACCAGCAGGUCAAGGCCUCUGGCUACAAGAGUGAGAACGACUCGGAGCUGGCGGGAGCUUUGGGCAGCAUGCAGAGAGACUACGAGGGAGACGAGGAAGAGUCUGACGAAGAGACUGAGGAAGAUGACGAGUCCGAGGAAGACGAGGAGGACCUUGCGUUCUCGGAAGAAGAAGACGAAGAGGAGUCCGACAACGAACGAAUCAUCCAGGCCCUCAGCGAAGGCCAGGAACUGAAAACAGACAAGUUUGGUAACUACAUUCUCGAAUAA